AUGAAUAGCUACUAUUUAAGUGAAAGUCAUUAUACUUACAAUCCUAAUGUAGAUGUGGUUGGUGAAAUUAUGAGUUUAUUAAAUCUUUCUCUUGAUGAGUUAGUCAAUAGUUUGAAUGAAUUAACUUUUAAAACUAAGGAAAAUUUUGACAAAGUGGCUAAACAAAAUCAAGAAUAUGAAGAAAAGAUUAAAGAGUUAGAGGCUGAAGCUUUGGAAUUUGCACAAGAUGAAUUGGCAUCUCUUGAAGAAGAAAAUGCAAAGAUCAAUGGUACUAUUAGCAUUGAUGAUACAUUCAUAUCUCCUGUAGGAGAUUUAUUUCGUACAUCACAAUAUUUAUGUACAGCCGGUGAACAAAUGCUGGAACUUUAA